AUGUGCGCGACGCAGAUCGACGCCCUGGCGAGCGAACUCGAGGGCGGGGAGCGAACGAGCGCGAAAGACUACGGCCGACUGCGCGCCAAGCUGCACGAGGGGGAGCUGGGACGAUUUUGGGUCACCGCGCGCGGGUGCGAUAGGCGGACGAGUCGGGAGGACACCGGGGCGGAGCGGUCCCCGUUCGCGCGCGAAAAGGCGGACCUGUGGGCGCUCGUCCCGGAGAAGUCCGGACCGAUCGGCCGGGCACUGCGGCCUAAUUUCGACGACCCGGACGAUAGGCUGUGCCUGGUGUACUCGUGCGUGAACGAUCCUUCGGCACCGAGUUCGAUCGAUACGCUGUACGCGUUGAAACUGUUGGACGAAGGUUUGAGAAUCGGCGCAAAGGGCGAUAAAGUCACCGCAGAGGGGCUAUCGUACGUCGCGCGUGAGGCUGGUGAUAAGUUGGCGUCGUACGCUAUGCUCGUAAAGGAGAAGGCGGACGCGUCGUUCGUCGACGAAUCUUGGGUCAAUCCGGCGCCGGCAACUUGGUCGGGACGCGGAAUUUGA